CUCCCAGUCUGGACAGCAGCUAGGUGGGCGACAUGUCUGCUGUGGGUGGGGGGAAGCGUGGGGACACGGCGGGAGAAGGCGGCCCCUUCAACUUCAGCCCGGAGCCCACGCUGGAGGACAUCCGCCGCCUCCAUGCUGAAUUUGCUGCUGAAAGAGACUGGGGCCAGUUCCACCAGCCUCGGAACCUCCUCCUGGCCUUGGUGGGGGAAGUGGGGGAGCUGGCAGAGCUCUUUCAGUGGAAGCCUGAUGAGGAGCCUGGUCCCCAAGCCUGGCCCCCUAAGGAACGGGCAGCUCUUCAAGAGGAGCUUAGUGAUGUUCUCAUCUACCUGGUAGCAUUAGCAGCCCGCUGCCAUGUGGAUCUUCCGCAAGCAGUGCUCUCCAAGAUGGACACCAACCGGCGACGCUACCCAGCACACCUGUCCCGUGGCUCUUCCCGAAAGUAUACAGACCUGCCCCAUGAGGCCACCUCUGAAGACCAGACUGGGGGAACUGCAGACCUUGCCUGUGAGUCCUCAGGUCAGGCCUAGAAAAUGAGCCCAGGAUCUGCAGUCAGCAUGGCAUCUGAGAACAGACAGGGGCCUGGCCAUGGAACCUCAUUCUAGUUCUUUCCUAACAGAUCACCUGCCUGGGGUGCUCACUUCCUGAGGUGUGAGGCUCAAGAACCUCUGGAACACAGCCUCUUGGUAUCUUUCUUUCUCAAUAAAUGUUUUGUUUAGGAACCUCUAGAUUCUUUCUGGGGUGGCUGGUAGAGGCCGUCUCAACAGGUGCUAAAGAGGGGCACCAGGGUUGCUUCUGAGCCCACCUCCCUUGUUUCUCUAUUGUAGCUCCCAGCUGCAGGGCAGAGAUCUGAUUUCUAGCAGGUUCCCUGAGGGAUCUCCUGCAAGUUUCCUUCCCCUUUUGAGGCCUCUAACAGAUUGGAGGCUGUACAUAGCGUUAAGAGCCCAGAUUUUGGAGCCAGACCAUCAGGGAUCAAAUGCCAUCUUUCGUUCUUAUCGGAUGAUGUCCAUCUGUUUCCUUAUCUAAAAUGAAAAUAAUAGUAUCUGCCUGAUAGGGUUGUAAAGUUUAAGUGAGUUAUUACUGUCAAUAGAGUGCUUAGGACAGAAGAACUAGAACUUUGUUAAGUUUGCAGUGAUUAUCUGUCUUUUCAACUCAAAAUUUUCAGAGGCCAAGAGCAGGAAAUGUCAACAGUUAAGGUAAGCCUGGGUCCUCCUGGACUGAGCCUCAGACCCCAGCACAAGCUGGGGUCAGGAUGGGGAGCAGAACAGGGCUUCCACUUGGGCUUGGGCCUCUGGCCCCCUGCCCUGCCCUCCCAAGAUCAAUUUCUUGUCCCACCUCUAUACCUGAGGACAGCGUUAGGUGCGUAUGACUUACCCGUUGUGAUGCCAGGCACAUAACUUACUUUCCGGAGAUGCUCGGGGCCUGCCUCCUCCAUAGGGUGGGGUAAUAACGGCAAAGGACCAGUCAGUUACUUUUGCUGCCCUCAUCCUGCGUCCACAUCAGUAAAAUGAGGCGCCCCCCCUUGACUGGCCUCAUUCCUGUUAGUGGCCUUAUCCCUCUACCAGGGACCUCUCUUGCUUCCCAGGUAGAACAAUCCAGAUUGGAACUGCUUCAGCUUUGUAAUCCCAAACCCACCCUGCUCCCUACCAGUGAGAGUUGGAGCCUUAUCCUUAGGUCUGAUUUUAUUCCCUCCCCUUGAUUAGUUAUCUCCUCUCCAUAUAACCAACUUCUCUCCCUUUCCAUUAGCCCUCCCACUAGCACGAAAAUGGAGUCUUCUCCCUAUAGAUAAAACCGACAGACUUUCUCCAGCUACUUCCCUCAUACUGUUCAUGGCCAGGCCUCCUGAAAAGGGUUGUCUUCACCCACCCACUCCUUCCGUUUGUAUCCUAACCCACUCAAGGCUGGAUUUCACCCCUCUCUCCAACUGAAACUGCUCACCACUACCCCAAACUCCUACAACCAGUGGACACCAGAGCAGAAGCUGACUGAGCUGACCACUCCCUCUGUGAAACAUUCCUCUAGUAUUCCAAACAAGGCAUUUUAAAUUUAUCUUUAUUUCGAAUGUAUUACAGAUAUCCCCUUCCCCCCCCCAUUGAUCCCCUCCACCCUGCAUCUGCCCUGCCCCCUCCACACCACACAAGACAUUUUUGGUCUCCUACCUCUGGCUGUUCUUUCAUACGUUCUUCUGGAUGAGGUCUCAGGCACUCCAGACCUGAUAUCCCCAAGCUUUUAUUUCCAAUCACCUCUCCUACCCCCCCACGUUUACCUCAGAUUCAGCACGUCCAGAUUGGGGGUAACAACUGCUGCCACUUCAACUGUCUUACUAAUCCUGAACCAUCUGAGACACUACCUGUGGUCAUCAAAGACAAGAAAAUGAAGUAAGCCCCACCUUCCUCAUCCUCAGAAUUCUAGCUCCUUAGAAUGUCCACUCCAUCCAUCUGCUCCCAUCCCUCAGGCUUCUUUGCUGCCUUGGAUCCUUUCACCUGGCAUCUAAGUUCCCUAGUGGUCCCUCUCCUCCCGCCUUGGGACGUCUGCAAGCUCUAACAAGUCUGGCAUGCACUUUCAGGGGCUCUCCCUAAUUCCACAACCCCAUCUCUCAGCCUUCAAGACCAGCUUAAACCUAUCACCUCCAAAAAAAGCCUCUCUAAACUCCAAGACUGCAUUAAAGACCUAACCAACAACUCCCCGUCACAGCAAAUGACAGUGUACUGCAAAUGCUUGUCCCUGCUCUGCCAUCCACUGGCUGUCAGAACCUAUUUACUCAUCUGCUGAAAUGGAGAUAUGAUUUACCUAACUCUGGGAUGCUGAGGAUGACAGUGAGCUAAUAAUAAUAAAGCACAUAGAGCCUUUCA